UAGCAGGAUAUCCGGUCUCGCUCCCACUGUUGGAAACGGGCUGCUUCUGCCGUUCUAGCUCGCGGCUCGCCCUCUCCUCUGCGUCCUCAGCCACUGCGAAAGAAGGGAACAUGCCGAAGAAAAAGACUGGUGCGAGGAAGAAGGCAGAGAAUCGCCGAGAACGUGAGAAACAACUGCGAGCAUCAAGAAGUACUGUCGACCUAGCCAAACACCCAUGCAAUGCUUCAAUGGAAUGCGACAAAUGUCAGAGGCGGCAGAAGAAUAGAGCAUUUUGCUAUUUUUGUAAUUCUGUUCAGAAGUUACCAAUUUGUGCACAGUGUGGAAAAACAAAGUGUAUGAUGAAGUCUUCAGACUGUGUCAUCAAGCAUGCUGGUGUGUACAGUACUGGCCUUGCUAUGGUGGGUGCAAUAUGUGACUUCUGCGAAGCUUGGGUUUGCCAUGGGAGGAAGUGUCUUAGCACCCAUGCCUGUGCCUGCCCACUCACAGAUGCAGAGUGUGUGGAAUGUGAGCGAGGGGUAUGGGACCAUGGAGGAAGAAUAUUCAGCUGUUCGUUUUGCCAUAAUUUUCUCUGUGAAGAUGACCAGUUUGAGCAUCAAGCCAGCUGCCAAGUUUUAGAAGCAGAAACAUUUAAAUGUGUUUCCUGCAAUCGACUUGGCCAGCAUUCAUGUCUCCGCUGUAAGGCUUGUUUCUGUGAUGAACAUACAAGGAGCAAAGUGUUUAAGCAAGAAAAAGGGAAACAACCUCCUUGCCCUAAAUGUGGGCAUGAAACACAGGAGACAAAGGAUCUUAGCAUGUCAACACGCUCCUUGAAAUUUGGCAGGCAGACUGGAGGAGAAGAAGGAGAUGGAGCCUCUGGGUAUGAUGCUUACUGGAAGAACCUGUCGUCGGACAAGUAUGGAGAUCCUGGAUACCAUGAUGAUGAGGAGGAGGAGGAUGAAGCAGAGGAUGAAGAGGAAGAAGAUGGGAAGGACUCAGAUGCUGAGUCAUCAGAUCUGUUCAAUAACUUGAAUUUAGGAAGGACCUAUGCCAGUGGCUAUGCUCACUACGAGGAGCAGGAGAACUAGGAGCUGCCCCUUGUUGGCAUUUGUGGGAAGAGCAGGCUGAAUCAUGAGGAUGCUCAGACGUACCCUCCCUUGCUUUGUCCAAAAGGCUAGUCACACUGGGCUCGGGAGGUUCUAGCAGUUUUAUAGGGACUGCUGUGUGAACUUGUAGUGUACGUAAAGUGAGUUAAAUGUAAGACAGAUGGAGUAUCAUGGAUUGGAUUAUUACUGAGUUCAAUAAUCUGGUGGGUUUUGCCAGCUAGAAACAUAAUAAAAUACAUAAUAAAGGAAUAGAAAGGAAAUAUAUUUAUUUGAAAUUAAAUUACCGUCUUUAUUAAAGGCACUGCUUAUAAAUUUAUGUCUCUGAUUUUACAAAGUGUAAUGGGUAAAAUUACCAUAUUCUUUUUCUUAUUUUAAUCCAUACAGUGAGAGUCAUGUUCAAUUUUUCACUGACUUCAUGCUGUGUAAUGUUCACGUCUGCAUUAGUGGUUGCCAUGUUCACCAUUUUCUUACAAUGUAUGUCCAGUGCUUGUUACUGUCUCACUGACAGAAGUCUAGCUGUUUUCAUCCACAUAAUGGCAGGCAGGACUAGUGUUGGUGAUGCUUCACCCAGAGAAUCUCAUUUUAAAAUAAAUUUAGUAUUAUACUUGA